CCAACCUGGAAACCCGCGCUGCCGGUUAGUUCUGCAGUUUACUGAGGAAGAUGGUGGACUUGGCGACAACAGCGUGCUCACUACUCCGUCCUAAACACUUUGGAAAAACAUUUAUAUCUCCACCUGGCAUUAGAUAUAGAUUACCGGGAGACAAUCAUAGAUAAUACAUAGCCAACCCCGUUGAAGGAGGUGACUUUUUCGCAUCCGGACAACUCUUUUUAUCCGAGACUGGAGAAAGCUGGGAGUUGUUGAAUGCACUGCUGGUGUUUGGUGCUCGGGAAGAACGCUAGCCAGCGUUAGCUAAAGUGUCAACAAAAGUGUGAGAGCAGCUGUAAUUUUGGGAGCUUUGUACCAAGUUGUCAAGAUAAACCAAGGAGACCUUCGUCACUUUGCUGCUGCCACAUUUACACCGACUGUGACAUCUGUCGGCAGUUGGACGGAAACAGGCUAACUUUAGCUUCCUAACAUCAGCUAGCUUUGUUGUGAUCCGUGGAUCAAAGCGCUACUCGAAAUGCCACGGAGUAAAAAAGGGAAACGUGGCUCCAGCAAGCCUGGUAUGAAAAAUGGGGUGAAGGGGGAGUCUGGAGCCAGCGACGAUGAGCUGACGUCUGAUAUCCUCAGCCACUGCAGCAGUGCCAGUGAAAGCACCGCUGUGCUGGAAGAGGGCACAGGAGCGGAGCAGGUGGAUGAGCUGACUGCCCAGGAGGAAACGGAAGACAAACUCAAGCAGUGUAUAGACAACUUGAUGGAUAAGAGCUCUAAGACACGUCUAGCGGGUCUGGAGUCGCUGCGUCUGGCUUUUUCCUCCAAAGUGCUGUACGACUUCCUCACAGAGAGACGCCUCACCAUCAGCGACUGCCUGGAAAGAAGCCUUAAAAAGGGCGGCGUGGAGGAGCAGGCAGCGGCGGCCACGCUCUUCACCCUGCUCUGUAUCCAGUUGGGGGGUGGAGACGAGGCAGAAGAGGGGUUCAAGGUGCUCCGCCCCAUCCUCACCGCAAUUCUGAUUGACAGCACUGCCAGCAUAGUGGUCCGCCAGAGUUGUGCCAGAGCUUUGGGGAUGUGCUGCUAUGUCUGUACUGCUGAAGAAGGAGAGGACCUGGUCAAAUCUUUGGCCCUUCUGGAGAGCGUCUUCAUGUCGUCCUACCCCAACCGAGAGGGAACUAUGCCCACCCCCAAACCCGGCAGCCCAGCGCUCCACAGCGCAGCCCUGCAGGCCUGGUCCCUGCUGGUCACCCUCUGCCCUGCAUCCAGACUGACCGUGCUGCUCAACCUUCACCUCCCCAAACUGCAGGCGUGUUUGCAGAGCAGUGACGUCAACUUCAGGAUAGCAGCAGGAGAGACUAUCGCCCUGCUGGUGGAGCUGGGGCGAGAUGUAGACGAGGAGUUUGAGGUGGAGGACAGUGAAAGUCUUUGUGAGAGUCUGAAGGGUCUAGCCACAGACGGCAACAAGCACCGAGCCAAGAACGACCGGCGGAAACAGCGCUCCAUCUUCAGAGAGGUGCUUCAUUACAUAGAGAGCGAGGACUUCACCGUGGAGAAGAUCAGGUUUGGAAUAGAGGACGUUUACAUCGACAGCUUUACGAGGAGGAGAAUCUACGAUGCCUUCAAAGAGAUCAUGGAGUCCGGAGUCAGACACCAUCUACAGUUCAACCCACUAGUGAGAGACAUCUUUGGCCUCGGCGCUCCCCUCAUCCUGGACGCUACGUCCAAAAGCAACAAGAUCUCUCGAUUUGAGAAGCAUCUUUUCAACUCCGCUGCUUUCAAGGCCAGGACUAAACAGAGAAACAAAGUCAGGGACAAACGGGCUGACAUCAUGUGAGAAGAACAACAAUGUAGUGAAUGUGAGGAACUCCGUGGGCGUUAUUGAGAUGGAUCCAAAAUGAUGCCUCCGAUAUUCCAGCUGUCAGACACAAAGACUGAACAAACUCUUUAAAGGGCUUUUUCACUUGUGUUCUUCACCACAAACAAAUACUUCAGAUUCAAGAUCCACUAUCUGCUUUUCACCUGUUUUUGACACAAAACAGGGUGAAUUGGAGCAACAAUUGCUAACUGUAUUUAACAAUAUACCAGUCCAGAGGCUUCAAAAUGGAUAUCAACUAGACAGAAACAAGUUGAUUUCACAAGAUAGUAAAAAAAUAAAUCUUAUAUUAAAUUUAUAAAUAAAAACAAAUUAAGUAAUUUGGCAAACAUUCUGACACUUUAUGUUACAUUUUAGAUCUGUGGAGGCCCUCUCUGGUGCUGAUAGGAAUUUUGUCCGAUACUCAGCUUUAAACGAUGCCUGGUGGCUUGACCGGUCAAUCAAGUAUUUUUAAAUGCUAAUAACUGACUUCUGUUUCCACAUAAAGCUGCUUCUCUUGACCAGAUCCAGUCCUGGUUGCUUCUGUAACACAUAUAAAAAAAGGGCCAUGUUAAUAUAUUCAAAUCUCCUCGACUGUGGGCUACAUAUUUUUUGUUAUCCCUCAGUUGUCUUCUGUCUUUACACUCAGAGUGACCACUUCAACUGCCAAACCAGACACUGGCUUUAAGAACAAUGCAACCUAAAAUCAAACUAGUGGUGUUUUUGUGUAAGAGUACUACAUUUAUUUAACAUCCUGAAAUAAAAUGCACAAAUACACAUACACAAUAUUUUUGCUUAAUUAAAAUCAAAUCAAAGAGGUUAUAUGGUCAUCUUUAUUACUUUUUUGAGAGGAAAAAUAUGUUAUCAUUUCUGGUGGAACAUUGUAUUUUACUAUGUAAUUUUUUGUUGAAAGAACAGUACUGUGGUUUUUUUAAAGAACAUUUCAAAUGCUAAGAACUGUUUACAAACAAUUAUGGGAAUAUAUUUUUAACAUGGGUUGGUAGAUCAUACAAUCUAUCCAUGUGCGUGUAUUGCAGAUACACUGUACAUACGGAUUUAUGGAAGACCUGUAUCAGACGAUGCGUUUGAAUGAUUUUACCUUUUGAUGAUCUGUAAAUACACACUGUACAGGCCACCUACCAGAGCUGCUGAUCAGUUUGAUGGUGUUGUUUUUAAUGAUGGUUAGGUUUUUUGCUUGUAUUGCAUUUAAAAAGCACACUUGUUGCCUGGAGACUUCUGUACUGUGAGGAAAAUCUCUCAUCAGCUUUCAUAGUUUCUGUCGUUGAACCAGGAUUGACCCCUGAAUGAAGAGCAGCAGCCUCACCAAACGGUCUUAUCAGUGCUUAUGGUGUUACAGAAGAAGGAUCAAAUGAAAUAAAGACUAUUUAAGCAA